CGAACUCCUUCACGUCUGUACCGUUUUGCCGACCCAUCUGCCUUGAUCAGUCAUGGUUCUGUUGACAGUAGAGGACCAGCCAUCUUGGGUCCAGAGUUUGUCGUUCGAAGCAAAGAGCCGGUGAAAAUGCUUUCUUUGUUGCAUGGUUCUCAGACACAGAGAAAUGUGGUGAAGAAGGUAACUGUGGUGUUGUUGACUGGGAGCCGCGUGGAGUUAAGCUGUGAUCCUUCUGUUACACGUGUCAACCAUGUGCUGCAGGCUGUAUUAGAGGAGGAAUCCAUUGCCCUUGCCCACCUGUUGGGUCUUGCAGUUUUGGGUGGAGGUGAAUUUCACUUUGUGGCCCCACAAACAAAGCUGCAUAAGGUUGCUCCUCCUGGUUGGAAAGAGCGCCAUCCAACAAAGGAUGGACUGAUCCAAGAUAAUUUUACACUUCAUUUGCGAAUUAUGUAUUAUUUAAAGUUCAGCCAUGUGGAGGAGAUGGAUGCACCCUCGAGGCAGCUGUUAUACCUGCAAUUGCGACAUGACCUACUGGAGAGUCGCUUGCCCUUGUCAGCUGAGUUGCUACUGCAGCUGGCAUCACUUGCUCUACAGGCUGAAUUUGGUGACCAAAGACAUCAGGAUGUAGGCUACUUCCUUCCUGAGCACUAUGUCCCUGAACCACUUCUCCGUGGCAGACAAACUGCACACUUAACAGAAGAGCUUCAGAAACGCCACACAACUUUGACUGGUUUGCUUUAUACAGUCGCUCAGACACGCUUCAUUAGCCUCAUUCAAGACAGCCAGCAUUAUGGAACCCAUUAUUAUCAUGUGACACAGGACAAGGGGCGACAGCAGUUGUGGCUGGGCAUAGGACGGGAAGGAGUCCUUGUGUUAGGAGCAGGCCCUCCCUCUCUGGAGGCGGUGUGCAGAGCUACAAUCCACGGCUGGCCAUCCAUCAAGAGACUUUCAUACGCUUCGCACCGACUCACACUUACACUCCGUUCUCAGGAGAAGGCCAAAAUUAAGUUUAAUUUGCAGGAGAACAGAGCCGUCCAUCCGCAGCACGGUGGUGGAGGAGAGCGUGAGCGACUCGCUGGUGGAGCGGUUCCUCCAGUGCCCGGCCGCGCGAGGGGGGCCUGAGCGCCGCCUGGACACCGUCACCCUCCUGAAGAAGGAUGGCUCCCUCGGGGUCAUGAUCGCCGAGGGCGUCGACCACGGCCUCUACAUCCAGGCCGUGUCCCCGGGAGGGCCCGCCGCGCUGCAGGGCACCCUCAAGCCAGGCGACCGCAUCGUGGGCAUCAACGGGCGCUCGGUGGAGACGCUGCCCUAUGCCGCCGCCGUCGACCUCCUGCGCCAGAUCUCGGACUCCGUGACCCUCCUGGUGUCGCAGCCGGUGGUGACCUCGUCCUCGUCGUCGUCCGCUCCCGCCCGCGCCUCGGCCACCCACACCACCCAGGCGCACACCACGCCCAUCGUGUCGCCGGACGCCCGCGCUCCGGCUGGGCCCGGGGGCGAGGGGGAGGCGCGCGAGAAGAAAGAAGCGCGAGUGCAGCUGCUGGGAGGCGCCCGCAGCUUCAUCACCGAGGUCAGGUCAGGCCCGGUCACCGUGAUCACCUUGAACGCGACCCCGCCCCCCGCGUCCUCGCCCGCGCCCUCUGACCCCGCGCCGGCUGUCUCCACCUUCGAGAUAUCCGUAGGGCCUCGGGUGCCUGCAGAAGGAGUUAAAGGAGGAGAGGCAGGAGGAGGCCCAGCGCAGGCCGUCUCAAGCAAGCAGACCGCACAAAUAAGAAAGAGUCGCCCAGUACCAACCCCUCGACGGAGCUUGACCUCCAGCGGCUCCUCCACAGGCCCAGGGCCGGACUCAUCCUCGGACCCCGAGUCGUCGACCCUUCCCAAUAGCUGGUCGUCCCUGCCCGACCUAAAAGGGGCGGAGCGGGGGACUCCCCACACGACUUGCCGGGGUCGGGCGCCGCGUCCCAGGGCCAGGAGGUGCUCGGACUCCAGCAGGCCGGACCGCCAUGACGGGUCCUUCAGUCGCCAGGCCCGCGCAGCCGCCCGCGACUGGCCGCCCUCCGUGCGCGUGACCCCGAGCGCUGUCCGGAGAAGGCCCUCCCUCUAUAGAGCAGAGCUGGUGCAGAACGAUGACCAGGAUAGGUUUUCGACGCGCUCCUCCGCCGAGUCCUUGGCGGCGACCCCGACACGCCCCCGCCUGAGGCCUGCAACUGCAGAGUCUUGCUUUAGUACUUAUGACUUAUGUACCACCGAUAACAGUCGCUUUUUUACUGUGGGAAAUGAUGAUAAUGAUAAUAAACAAUAUAGAACUUUCCGCAGAGAGUUUGGUAUGGACCUUGAGGGCGAGGCAGCUCGGGGCUUGGAUUCCCGAGGGAGAACUGUGGGUGGUCAUGAGGCCUGGGGGGAGCCCGGCGCAUGGCAAGCCUCGGUGCAUGAGACGAGGGAGGGCAAAUCCAGUAGCCUAGUGACCGAAAGUGAAAGUGGGGCAACUAAACAGUAUAUUAAAGGUGCAUGUGGACCAGUUGAUAACAAAUCUAGUAUUUUAAGUGGUCAAAGUGGUGACGGUGUAAGUAAACGGACCAGUAAUAUACACAACAUUCUUGGUGCAUCUUCUAAUAAAAUAUCUGACUGUGUGAGUGGGGCAACUAACAAACAUAAUGUACAUAGACUUACUAAUCAAAUUUACAGUGGGACUACUAACAAACCGUCUGACUUAUUGUAUAGUCCAAGGAAUAAAGAGUCAGAUGUUGCAUGUGUAGUUCAUAGAGACGACUUUAAAAAGGAAUUAUCAGAUAAGUUAUCAUCGAUAAGCAGGAGUAUAUGUGAGAGUACUUAUGAGUUUGGACGACUUGCCGAUGACGGAGCGAGCAAGGGAUCCUUAGAACAGGAUACUGUAUCCUCGGGACCUUUGUCAUUAGUGCCUUGGCAAGGGUCAUCGGAGUGCCUUCUGGAUGAUCCCCAUACAGGAAUGGAAAAGAGAAUUAAAAAAGAAGGACGGAAAGAAGGAGGAGGAGAAGGAGAAGGAAGCGCUUUUCUCCCGCUCCCAGACCUUCCUGAAGACACCAUGUUGGAUCGUGUCCUUCGCUGCUUCGACGCUCUCCACAUCGCCCACUCACAGAUCGCCCCUCCCCACGAGAAUCAAGAAGGAGGGAAAGGAAUCGUGUUGUGUAAAGACAGCUUUGAAUCUAUGGACACCGAACUCUGGAAACACCGCUUUGGCGUUGAGGACUCCAGACACAACCUCUUUUUCAGGGACUUCUCGCUGGAGGAGAGAGAAUUUCCAGAGUCGUCAGCUGGGAGCGUUUCCUCGGCAGCAGACCAAGAGCGAAUACACGUCGAUCAGCUAAUCUGCUCCCUGGAGGUGCAAGAGUCGUCCCUUUGCAGGUCGUCAGAAGCCUUCAACCGGCCCAGCCACGCGGAAGCCUCCUCCACGUCGUCCUCCCCGACGCCUGUCACAGAGGUCAUCAUCACGCCUCCCGAGGGAUUCCGCUGUGACCCCGACCUUUCGCUGAGCGACGAGAACAGUGACUCACAAGAGAAGCCACAAGCAGAACAGGAGGAAAACCUAUCGGUAAGCCAGGCAGAGAUAGCUGGGAAUCCCGAAUAUAUCAGCACAGCAUUUCCACACACACAAAACAAUGUGGACGAUACAAUGCACAGUGAAAUUAACGAGCGUGAAAACCGAAAAGGAACUGAGCCACCGACACAAACGCAAGCACAAGAAAUUGUAUUUGAAGCAGCCGGAACCUCAGAAGACAAGGUUCCCUUCCGCCUGAUAACAGAGAGAGAAUACCAGUAUCAUCUAAAGAUAAUAAGGAAAGAUUCGGUCAGUGAAGCAGGGGAAUCGGAGGUUUGUAAGAAGCCACCAGGCGAGAACAUACAGAAACAAGAAUGCGGGAAGAACCAGACUUUCCUCGAGGGUGAAAACGGGUCUCCAAAGCGUCUCUCAAACACAGAACGACCUUCCCGAGUGGCAUAUCUUAAAGGUCUUCUAUUUGGGGGCGCAGAAAAUCAACCGAGCACAUCCGCCCCUGCUACAAAGAGCAAAGAUAAAGGACCUGAUAACAGCAGAACUUUACAACCAAAAUUAUCCUGUGUUGACGCACACGACGUAAAUAGCACUAAAGAUAACGGAAGUAAUGUAUCAAAAUAUGCACAUUCAGUAUUUGAAGAGUCACAUAGCAUACAUGACCAAUUAAUUCGUUCAAAAAUUUGUGAGAAAAUUCGAACUGCCAGUAACUCGGAAGGUAACGAAAGAAAAUCUUCUGUGUCCACUCAAGCAUCGACGGGAACACACGUUGAAAGUGACUAUAGCAGCAGCAGCACAGGUACUCCUCCACCAGUCAACUUCACUACGCAUCCUCUUUCUUCCGCAAGUUCUAAAGAAAACCUCCUGGACGAGGAUAAUUCUGACAACAAAGAAGUUCCUUUGGCGAGGAAUGAAGACAUUGUUGGCGAUUCAGCUGUUUGUAUUAGUCUCCCUGAAACAAAAGAAGACCGUUUUCUUUCAGCUCAAAAUGAGUCCCGUUUUCCUUUACACAAAAUGUACCCAGACUCUGAUAGUGAGAGCGAUGAGGAAGAAGAAGAAGCAGAUAUGAAAACAAAAUCUAACGUUGAAAUUUCUGCCAUGUCCUUAGAAUCCGAGAAGAGUGAAGAGCUCGAAUUAUUUAUAAACAACCCCGAGUCGAUGAUCGUGGGAAAAGUAUGCAUCUCGGAAGAGGACACCGUCUUCGAAGUGGAGGAAGACGCCCAUCCGGAGGCUACGGAAGGAGAAGGUGACGAGGCAAGCGAAUUGAUCGUAUUCAGACUUCAUGUUUCGGAACCGUCGGCCCGCUCUCCCUCCUUGAGUCCUCCCUUGAAAGAUGGCUGGGGAGUGGACGCAGGACCUACCGUCUCCGAGGAGCUCCUUAGCCUUGAAGGAGAACAGUUUGUGGAGCUCUUACCCACGCUGGUAAAGGACGAGCUCCAGACAGUCUCUGCACAGGCGACCGGAGAUCCCGCAGACGACACAGCGCCCAAGGUCAAAGUUCCCUACGUCCUGAUCUCGGAGGACGUGAGGCAGAGCUACGAGACGACCGUGACCCGAGCUGACCUCGAUUCGUGUGAGAGAUGGGUGGUGGAGUCGCGCUCAGAGGCGCCGGUCUCGCGCAUGUACGCCGGCGCGACAGACUCCUCUCCCUCCUCCCUCUCUGCCGACGGCGCAGACAGCGACGAGGAGCUCGAGAUUUUCCACACCACAGAGUCCACUCCGCCUGACUCGCAUUUCGCGGGGCCUGGCGUUUCUGACAGGGAUUCCGCUACAAGGUCCUGGAGUCAUGAAGAUCAUUGUAGCAUUAGCGAAGAAACUCCGAUCGCCGCAUCAAUGAAAACGGGAAAGGAUGACAGUAUGAUUCGCGAGAAGCAGAAAACGGAAUUGACCGUAAUUUUGGGGGAUACUAAAAUAAAUUCGCAUGAGUUAGAUGGAAGUUCUUUUAAGAAUGAAACGCCAUAUUUUGUCAGUAUCAGGAACUUAGACAUACAAAAUGGAAGUGUAGAAAAACUGGGGAAUGGGCGAGCAUACAAUAAAAGCGAAAACGUGAAGGAUCCGGCUUCGAAAUAUCGGCUCUCCGAUGUUGAAGAAGAGUACGACCCGGCCAUUCUUGAAUCGACAGAAUCCACGAAAAGCCGCAAUGUGGUCGGCACCUUCAACUUCCUGGGGUCUGCGAAGUCCUCUUCCUUGGCGAACACUCCUUCCGAGGGACCAGAGAGCCUUGACGACUCCUACGCCAGCCUGCAGGAUGGGGUCACUGUGCUGGGGACAUACAACUUCGUGGGUCCUGGCGUCCCCGCCGACGCCGACGCCCUCAGGAGCGGAGAGCGGCCGGAGGAGAGCCCGGAGCUGCCCUCGCUAACGGACUCCAUCAUCAGCCUCGAAGACGGCAAGCACCUGCUGGGCGUCUUUGACUUCACGAGGCCCAAGCAGGACCUCAGGACAAAGGCGCGGGCGAGCAUGAGCGAAGAAAGAUUUUCGAGUGUUGAAUGCGAAUACAAUGAUCCAGCGAGCGAGGAGAAGACUCCCAAUCCUGAAGAUCAAGGUACAGGACUCGAGGAGGAGGUAGGUUGCGUCCAGGAUCCAGAAGGGAAGGACAAAUCAAACGCGACAGAGGACUUAGGACCCUCUCCCACCACUGCGGAGGACGCAAGGCCGAGUCAGGCGCCGCCAGUCCCAAGUUCCGCCGUCAGCCAAGAACAAAGUCUUCAGAAAUGCCCUUCCGUUGAGGCUGUGUGUCAGAGUCCUGCACAGAGGGAGGAAGCGGAGGAUGGAGAUCUCACGCAGGAGGACGCGGAGGGUGCUGCCGCCGACGAAAACUCUCAAGCAGUUGGUAUGCCAUUUUCAGUAUACAAGUAA